AUGACCUCGCCCGCAGCAACCCAGAGCCCCUUUGACUUGCCAGCUUCGCCAGGUCCCUCGCGUGCCUCCGCCCAGCGACCCAAGACGCGCGACGACGAGCUGUGCCAGGGGUCUGACGGUCAGGAGACGGUAUCGGACAACGCACAGUCGACGGAGCCUACUGUAGACAUCACCACCGACGGCGGACGGCGGCGCCGACGAAGACGGCGCGAGGGGGUCGCGGCGCUGUGGCACAAGUGGAACCCGGCGCUGACGUUGGAGAACUCGGGGAGCGUCGCGCGGGACCACCUCGCGGUCGAGCGUACGUUCCUCGCGUACGUGCGGACGAGCCUCGCGAUUGCGUCGACAGGCGUCGCGCUUGUACAGCUGUUCACUAUCGCGAGCACGUCGAACGAGAGGCUACAGAAGUACACUCGUCCCCUGGGCGCGACGAUUAUCAUCAUCGGCCUGUGCACGCUCGUCAUUGGCGUUGUGCGGUACUUUACCAUCCAGUCGCUGCUCCUGAAGGGGCUGUACCCUGCUGCCCGCAUGGUCGCGGUCGCCAUUGCACUCGCGCUAUGUGCCAUCAUCAUUGCCGUCUUCGGUAUAUUGGUCGGGAAUCGUUAA